AUGACGCCUUGGACCCAUCUUGUUCUGUUUGUUGCCUGCUUGUCGAUCGUCUUGGUAGCAGCUGGAGCUGAUGACUAUUCCUGUCCCUCAGGAUACAAUUUUGACCAAAAUAUCAGCCUUUGUGUCUCUGAGAACAGCACAGAGUGCACCAACUACCAGAUCAGUCGAUGUCCUUCUUCCAUCUCUGCUGGAGAAUACUGCUUGUGUUUGAAUAAGCAUCUGCAGAUCCAUGUAUGUCCCGAGGGAACUUACUUCGAUGCGAGCCAUUCAGUUUGCAAGAUCGGUGCGGCUCAGUGUCUGGAGGAGCUCACCCCAUUUGCCUGCCCCAAUGGUAGCGGCAGCACCGACUUCUGCCUUUGCAUCGGUGGAAAGUAUGUUACUCAAACGUGUCCUGAUGGGUACUUCUUUGACGCGGAGAAGAAGUUUUGUUUUCCCACCAACACAGAUGAGAAUGAAGUGAGUGAUAAUGGUUCCAAAAGGUGUCAGCGAUUCGGGCUGUUUGCCGAUCCAGCCGAUUGCUCGGGAUACUAUCACUGCUCCGAAAAGGGCGCCGAAAUCAAGUAUUCCACAUGCCUGGCGGGAACUAUCUUCAGUGUAACUUCAUUUGCUUGCGUGGCAGGAAGUUGUUAG